AGAUCGCGCCAUUGCACUUCAGCCCGGGCGACAAAAGUGAAAUUCCGUCUCAAAAAAACAAAACAAUAAAACCCCACACAGCAUAGUAAGUCCUCAAUAAAUAGUAUGUAAGUAAAUUAUCAAGAAUUGGGCAGUUGGUUCUGGUUAUCAGUUUUUUUUUUUUUUAAUCUAGUAUAGGUUUACCAGCUUUAGGUUAGCACCUAAAAGCUGCACAAUCGGAAUCAUAUCUCCAAUCUGGGUUUUGUCAAAAUAGUACUAUAGAAUAAAUGGGAGAAAGAAGAAAGAAAGCUAAAUGGGAAACUGUGAAUGAAUGCAGGACGAAAGAAAAAGGCAAAAUAAAGAGAGAAGUAAUUUUUAAAAAUUGAGAGAUGAAAAGACAAGCAGGAGAAAAGAACCAGAAGCGAGAAUGAAGAGGCAGUAUCCGAUGCUCCAGCGCGGGUCAGGACCCGGCCCGGCCUGGCAGAGGCUCGCAGGGCGCAGCUCGGGGCGGGGCCCAGCAAAGCAACCACGCCCCCUCAGGAAUGGAGUUUUUAAGGGCGGAACUUCCUGUUGCGAGUAGCCCCUCUACCUCCGGAAGAGACGAGCGCGGUAACACCGUUCACAGAGCUAGCCGGACGUCCUCCGACUCAAGAUAUUUGUCAGAUAUUUUCAGAAGAUGGCUGAUCCUUGGCAGGAAUGCAUGGAUUAUGCAGUAACUCUAGCAAGACAAGCUGGAGAGGUAGUUUGUGAAGCUAUAAAAAAUGAAAUGAAUGUUAUGCUGAAAAGUUCUCCAGUUGAUUUGGUAACUGCUACGGACCAAAAAGUUGAAAAAAUGCUUAUCUCUUCCAUAAAGGAAAAGUAUCCAUCUCACAGUUUCAUUGGUGAGGAAUCUGUGGCAGCUGGGGAAAAAAGUAUCUUAACCGACAACCCCACAUGGAUCAUUGACCCUAUUGAUGGAACAACUAACUUUGUACAUAGAUUUCCUUUUGUGGCUAUUUCAAUUGGCUUUGCUGUAAAUAAAAAGAUAGAAUUUGGAGUUGUGUACAGUUGUGUGGAAGGCAAGAUGUACACUGCCAGAAAAGGAAAAGGUGCCUUUUGUAAUGGUCAAAAACUACAAGUUUCACAACAAGAAGAUAUUACCAAAUCUCUCUUGGUGACUGAGUUGGGCUCUUCCAGAACACCAGAGACUGUGAGAAUGGUUCUUUCUAAUAUGGAAAAGCUUUUUUGCAUUCCUGUUCAUGGGAUCCGGAGUGUUGGAACAGCAGCUGUUAAUAUGUGCCUUGUGGCAACUGGCGGAGCAGAUGCAUAUUAUGAAAUGGGAAUUCACUGCUGGGAUGUUGCAGGAGCUGGCAUUAUUGUUACUGAAGCUGGUGGCGUGCUAAUGGAUGUUACAGGUGGACCAUUUGAUUUGAUGUCACGAAGAGUAAUUGCUGCAAAUAAUAGAAUAUUAGCAGAAAGGAUAGCCAAAGAAAUUCAGGUUAUACCUUUGCAACGAGACGACGAAGAUUAAUUACGGCAGCCUCAUAGUCAAUCCCAGUUGCUUUUCCCCAGAUUUGGUGACUCAUCAAUGGAUAUGUGUUUUGGAUGUAUGAUAUGCUUGGUUUAAAUUCUCUUUGUCCAGGUCAAAAAUUUGGAACUUGUUUCUUAUUUUACUAUGUCUAGGUUUGCAAGAAUUGACUUAAUGUUUGUUUCACUGAUUUAAAAAAUUUUGCGUGUAAGAAUGUACUUUAGGAAACAUACCCAGGAAGUACAGUUGAUAAAUAUAACAUCAACUGAGAUAGUCAAUUAGCAAUUUUGUGUUUCUAAAUAUGUAUGGUCCCCUGAAAUUUUGACUUACUAUAUAGGUGCAGAGACACCCACUUAGAAAGUUAACUGUUUGGAAAAACAUUUCUCUUUAGUUUCAAAAACCAUAUAUAAUUAAAUUUGUAAGGAUAUACUGAGUACCCUAGGCCAACUUUUUUUUCUUUGCAGAGAACCUUUUUUGUUUUAUUCUUCAGUGUUCAUAUAGCACCUGGCCCAUUACAUAUCUAGGCAACUAAAAACAAACAUUGUAAGAAUGAAUAUUUUUAAGGUAGUAAUUCCUAGUUACAAUAGAUACAUAAAGUAAUGAACUCAGCAUUCUGUACUUUUGCUUCAGGUUUGAAGUAAAAAUUAUCUAGUUAAAUUUUUUUUAUUUCACGUUACCAUGCCAUUUCACAUUACCAUACCAUCAGAUAGCAUGGCUUAUUGUGGGCAUUUCUGCAGUGAAUACAUUUUCCAAAACAGUUAAAUUGUCUGUUUGGAUUUGCUUUAAAGUCCUGUGUAAGAGAGAAGAAACUAUUUCUAUAAUAAAAAGCACUCUCAUCAGAUAUCUGACAUAAUUAGAUACAAUAUAACAUUUUACUAAGUUCAGUAUUCAUGUUUUAAAGGUGUUUAUACUGAUUUGAUUGUGCUGGCAAAUAUACUGUAUUGUUAAUAUUGAACUAUUUAUUUUUCUCUUAGUCUUCUUAUUUAAUUAAUUUCAUUGCCGCUGGAUUCUGUUCAGCCUUUAAAAAUAUUUCUUAGUGGUCACUGCUCUGCAGAACUCAAAAAGAAAAUUGUACUGGUUCAUAGACAUUUUUAAAGGGUUAAUUUAUUGUUCAGCCUUAUCCCUUGGCAUGUAAACAGACUACUAGACUUAUCGUAGGUUCAUUUGAGCUUUGUGUUGUAAAAUUAAAAAUGCUUCUAUAAAGUUUUCAAGGUAGGGAGUGAUUUUAUUAUUGUGUAUAUCUAAUAUAUUAAGUAUGUGUGAUACUAAGGUUUGAGUGCUAUAAUUAUUUGUACUGUUGAUCACAUUUACUUAAAACAUCUGAUACUGUAUUCUAAGACAGGUUGUUUUUGCAAUUAAAUUUAUUUUAAUAAGACAAUCAUGAAUAAAACUUUAAAUUGA